AUGGCUAGUGAAAUACUGAACUCUGAAUCCCAGAAAACACAGACACAAGAAACAAAACUGAGAAAAAUAUAUGUGAAGGCUAACCAACCAGUUACUCUCAAGUUUGAAGAUGUCGUGUAUAAGACCAAAACCAGGAAAGGGGAAAGCUGGUUCAACAAAAAGGCAAGUUCUGAGGAGAUGAUCCUGAAAGGUGUUAGUGGUAUUGUUUUACCAGGAGAACUGCUAGCUAUUUUAGGCCCUUCUGGAAGUGGCAAAACAACUUUUGUUGCGGCUUUAGGAGGUAGACUCAGAGAAAGUAUAACCAGUGGAAGCAUAACCUACAAUGGCAAACUCUUCUCUAAACAAGUGAAGCAAAACAUGGGUUAUGUUCCUCAGAAUGAUGUCUUCUACCCUCACCUCACAGUCAGUGAGACGCUAGUUUUUACUGUUCUUCUUCGCUUGCCAAAUUGUCUCUCCAAAGAAGAGAAAGUCUCACAUGGAGAGGCCAUUAUGGAAGAGCUUGACCUGACCCGUUGUAAGGACACUAUAAUGGGAGGGCCGUCUUUAAGAGGUGUUUCAGGUGGAGAAUGGAAGAGGGUAAGUACAGCUCAAGAACUCCUGACUAACCCAAGUCUAUUGCUGGUUGAUGAGCCUACUUCAGGUCUUGACUCAACUACAGCCAAACGACUUGUGUUGGUUUUGUGUGAGUUAGCACAAAGUGGAAGAACCAUUGUUAUGACUAUCCACCAGCCUUCUAGCAAGCUAUUUUACAUGUCUCAGAAGGUUUUGCUGUUAUCAGAUGGUUAUAGCCUUUAUUUUGGGAAGGGAGAACAUGUGAUUGAUUACUUCUCCAACAUUGGAUGUGUUCCACCCUUAGCCAUGAACCCUUCAGAUUUCUUACUUGAUCUAGCAAAUGGUAUAUCUUCUGGGAAUCCUAAUGAGGAUACAGGAGCUGUAAAACAAGCAUUGUUAUCUGCUUUUGAGCUUAACCUUGGCCGCCAAUUGAAGAUGGCACUUCAAGAUUCCAUGGUUCAAUUCCAAGAGACUUCAAUAAAUAACAGAGAUAGCCAAUGGUGCACAACCUGGUGGCAGCAGUUCACUGUAUUGCUGGCAAGAGGAUUCAAGGAAAGAAAGCAUGAGUCUUUUUCAGUCCUCAGAAUCUGCCAAAUCUUGGCCAUCUCUCUUGUUUCAGGCCUUCUUUGGUGGGAAUCCAGAUUUCAAAACAUGCAAGACCAGGUCUCACUGCUAUUCUUCUAUACCCAGUUCUGUGGAUUCUACCCUAUGGCUCAUGCCAUCUUUACUUUUCCUCGUGAUCUUGGCAUGCUAAUAAAGGAAAGGUCAUUGUGCAUGUACAGACUCUCAUCUUACUUCAUGGCUUUCAAUAUUGUGGACCUUCCAAUGCAGCUAUCCCUCCCAGGAACUUUUGUCACAAUCACUUAUUGGAUGGGAGGGCUAAAAGUGAAUGCUGUGAUCUUCUUCCACACUCUAUCUGUUGCUCUUCUCUAUAUAUUAGUAGCACAAGGUCUUGGACUAGCCAUUGGUGCGCUGAUUUAUAAUGAGAGGGCUGCUGCAACAGUUGGAUCAACAGUGAUGACCCUGUUUGUUCAUGCCAAUGGCUUCUAUGUUCAGGACAUGCCUAUGAUUUUUGGUUGGAUAAAGAAAAUAUCACCUAGCUAUUACUGCUUCAAGCCCUUACUGGGGUCACAGUUCAAUAAUUGUGAUACUUACCCUCGUGGAGGACCUAGUGUGACCUGCUCACUUGGGAGCCAUCCUGUGAUUAAGCAUGCUGGUCUUGACAAUCAAGGCCUUUGUGCUGUUGCCUUGGCUGUCAUGCUUGUAGUGUAUAGACUCAUUGCCUAUUUUGCCCUUAAGAUUGGGAUAAAAAAUAGAGACCUUCUCUGUUGAAGAUUUCAGUGUAU